UCUACUAGCAAACGUUAACGCCCGGUUUGCUUUUUAAACUCUUUUGAAACUAACCGACAAACACCGGGAGUGGCACAGAAGCGAAUGUGGAAGUUGUAGUUUAUACCUGAGCCUGAUAUAACGCGCAUUAGCUAACACCUUUUAUACGGCGUAAUGUAAAGUUACAGCGCGCCAAUCCGCACGGGCGUUUAUUGUGAAGGAAUAAAAACACAAAACAGCAUCGACUGGGCAGCAUGGCAGACAGGAUAAACUGAUACUCGGACGGACUGACGCAGAUAUGAGUGAUGUGGCGGAGGAAGCGAUGGACAGCUCUGCGGUGUCAGAGGAAGAAGUGGAGGACCAGCAUGAGCAGUCACAGGAAGACCAGUCGAGUCUGAGCAAAAGCCUCUCCAAAAUAUCUGCUGCAGGGGAAAUCAUUGAGGGCAAGCGGGCAAAGAAGACAGUUGAGAGGCUCGAUUUCCAGGCACCGAAGCAAAAGGAGAAGCUCAAGAUUGGAGAUGGUAGCGGAGAUAAAUUAGGAGACAUUCCACGCACCGGCUACCAGAUCACCAAGAUGAAGCCAGCUGACCUGAAACCUCUGCACGUCAUCCUGUUCGACAGACCAGGAAAGAUGGCUACAUUAAAGAAGAACUUGCGUCUGUUUAACGGCUUUCCUUUUGACGCGGACAGCGAACAGUACACCAAAAAACGAGAAAAACUUCUCAAGAAUUCAAAUUUUACCAACACCAAACUGAAAGUUGUCUGUGGAGUUUUGGAUCUGGAGAAGAAAGGGACCCACUCAGAUCUGGUCGACAGGAUCCUGACUUUCCUCAUUGCGCCGAAAAACAGCGGGAAGCGUCUGCCCGUGAAGAAAAAGAGGAAAUCAAAGAAGAAACUGUCUGGCGACGACUCAAAGGCCAACUCCAAGAAGAAGAGCAAACCCAAACCCAGGAGCUCGUCGUCCAGUCCCAAGAAGUCCAAAACAGGAAGCAAGUCCAAAGCCAUCGUCAUGGACUCCAGCAGUGACGAGGAUGACGACGAGGAAGAUGAGAAGGCGGGGGCUUCAGCUGAGGCUGAGGGAUCAGAUACAGAGGACAAACCAUCUGAGAAAGAAGAGGACCAGUCUGACAAAUCAGAGGAGUCUGCAGACGAAGAGGAAGAUGAGGAUGAUGAGUCUCCCAAAUCAAACUCAGGCAGAGGGAAUUCAGCUCCCAAGAAGUCAGCACCAGUGAAAAGACAGAGGACACCAGCGAAGAAGACAGGUCCUCCUAAAAAGAGAGCGAAGAAGGAAGUUUCAGAUGAGUCGGAAUCUGACGCCAACAGUGAAGCUGAUGAGAAGCCCAAAAAGAAGAAAUCAGCUCCAGCCAAACCUGCUGCCAAAACCAAGAAGGCCGACAGUAGCAGCAACAGCAAAAACAACACAAACACAGCGGAGGACAGUUCAGACGACGAUGAGCCGCUCAUCAAGAUGAUAAAGAAGACGCCGACUGACGAGCAGCUGAAGGAGACGGUGCAGAGUCUGCUGAAGGAGGCCAACCUGGAGGAGAUGACCAUGAAACAGAUCUGCCAGAGGGUGUUUGACACCUACCCAGACCAAGACCUGACCAGCAAGAAGGAUUACAUCAAACAGACCGUCAAAUCUCUCAUCACAUGAAGAUCUGAAGAAGAAUGAAGUGAAACGUCACGGGGGAAAAGCUCCUUUUUCAUUAGUUUCUUAUCAGUUUGUUUUCAUACAAAACAAUUUUAUACAUGAUUUAUGUUUUUUAAUGUGUGACUUUGUGUAUAGAUUUUCAGAUUAACUCGACAGUGUUCAUCUUCAUCAGCUUGUUUUAAUAUUCUCUGUCAAAGUCAUGAUUUAUGAGACAAACAAGUGGACAACUUCAGUUUUAUAUUUACAUACAUCAGUGAUGUAUCAGAAGCUAAAACUAAACAGUUUCCACCGUGUGAAGUCUGUACGUCGACUUCUAGUCGUCAUGUUUAGGCAGAAAAGAGAAGUCUUUAUGAAUGCCAAAUCUGAUCUUUGCUUUUGACUCACAGGACUUCAGUUUUUUUUCUGGAUUAAAAUGUGUACAUAUGUUUCUAAUUACGUGAAGCUAUUUUUGAUUAACUCGUUACUUUGUCAACUCUGCAAGCAGUUGUGGAUUUUUGUUUGUUUCCUUUGGUUGUUCUGCUCUGUUAGUGAUUUAAUUAACAGUUUAAACUCCUCUAAUUGUGCUGAGUAAUUUAAUCACUGAUUAAAAUUGUACCUUUUUGAACAAAA